CCGAUCCGGUUCGUAUCCCGACCGGUUCUUCCCGUGACAACCUGGGUAUAAAUAUCCCCGCAAGUCCAUUUCUUCGUCCCACGUUUGAUUCAUCGUCGUCCUCGUCGUUCGAAAGAUCCCAGAAACCCAACAAAGGUGGUCGAAUCUUCUCUGUCCGUCCGUCCGUCCGGUCCGGAAACGAAAAUGCCUCAGGGAAAGCUGGAAGUCCUCCUCGUUGGCGCCAAGGGCCUCGAGAACACGGAGUUUCUCAGUAAAAUGGACCCCUAUGUCAUCAUUACAUGCCGCACUCAGGAGAAGAAAAGCAGCGUUGCAUCAGGACAAGGGGCCGAACCAGAGUGGAAUGAAACUUUCCUGUUCACAGUAUCUGAGGGAGUUUCAGAGCUCAAAUUGAAAAUAAUGGACAGCGACAACUUUUCGUCAGAUGAUUUUGUAGGCGAAGUAACGAUUUCUUUGGAGCCAGUCUUCGUGGAAGGUAAUGUGCCCCCAGCGGCAUACAAUGUGGUCAAGGACGAAGAAUACUGUGGAGAGAUUAGAAUCGGUCUUACCUUUACUCCCGAGGAACGCAAUGAGCGAGAAUUUCAGCCAGAGGAAAGCUAUGGCGGAUGGAAGGAGUCUUCAUUUGACUGAGCAAAGACCCAGUCUUGCAGUUGCUUUGAAGUUACUUCCAUUUGAUGCAUCCUGAAAGGCAAAGAACAAUGUGGUUCUCAUCUAUACUCUUUCCCUUUUGUGGAUAAUAACGGAGGUUGAGCGGAUGUAUUUUGAAUUUCGAUGCUACAGAUUGGGAUCUUUUGUUGUGUGAUAUCUGAUGAAACGCCUUGAACUA